GAGCGCUGUAAACUUCCGCUUUCUUUUUGCACAUGGAUGCACCAAGGGCAUCCGCAUAGUAAUUAAAUUAAUAUUUAACCUAUUUUUAAAAUUGAUUUCUUUCUCACUACUUUUUAGUCCAAUUAUUCAACGAUACGUUAGUUAAGUUAUGGCGUCCGUUCCCCCACCUUCCACUGAAAUUCCAAAGGUUGUUUCACCGCCCGGUGAUGCCAAGUCAGAAACCGGGUUGGCCGUUCCCGCACAAGAUGACACCAAUCCAGGUGUCUACGAUGAUCUGCACAGAAAGUGUAAAGAAGUCUUCCCCGCCCCGUUUGAAGGAGCCAGGCUACAGAUCAAUAAAGGUUUGAGCAGCGUAUUUCAAAUUUCACACACCUUAACAAUGAGCAGUUUGCAGCCAUCUGGCUAUCGAUUUGGUUGCACAUACGUCGGAGAUAGACAGUUUGGCCCUAAUGAAGCAUAUCCAGUCUUGCUUGGGGACAUGGAUUUUUCUGGAAGUUUGAAUGCUCAGGUUAUCCACCAGUUCACUAAAGCCAUUCGAUGUCGAUUCAUCUCUCAGAUCCAGUGCAGUAAGUUGGUUGGCAGCCAGAUGGGGCUGGAGUACAGGGGGAAGGAUUACACCACCUCAUUCACUCUUGCCAAUGUUGACCUUCGUAAAGAUUCUGGCAUGUUCAUUUGCAACUACCUGCAGAACAUAACAAAGAGGAUUGCUUUGGGGACUGAGUUCCUCUACCAGUCAGAUGCCAAUAUUCCAGGGGGGCACGUUGGGGCGGUUUCGUUUGGGGCCAGAUAUUCUGGAGACUCUUGGCAGAUUAGCAGCAACCUAACACCAUUCACAUUGGGCAUGAAGUUAUGCUACUACCAAAAAGCCAGCAAUACCAUGCAAUUUGGUGUUGAGUUGGAUGGUAACCUGGCCAGCCAGGAGUGCACUACCACUGUAGCCUAUCAGGUCGACCUACCAAAGUCUGAUGUCGUUUUCAAAGGUCAGCUCGACUCGAAUUUUUGUAUUGGGGCGGUCCUAGAGAAGAAGCUACUACCGAUGCCAUUUACACUUACGUUAAGUGGCUUCGGCAAUCACGUCAAAAAUACUUUCCGGUUCGGAAUCGGAUUCACUGUAGGCAGUUAAAUUAACAUAAUUUAUUCGCAAAUCGUCGUUGUAAUAAUAAUAAUUAUAAUAAUAAUUAUCAUUAUUGUCGUUAUCGUUUGUUUUAUGUUGAUGAUAAAAGAUGAAGAAACAAUUAUGAUGAUGAUGUUCAUGUUUGUUUUAUGUAAUUUUCAUUGAUAGUGGAGUUCGUGUCGAGAAGAUUUUAUUGUGUGUAUGUGUGUGUGUGUGUAUGUUUGUAUGUACCUACGUAUGUAUGUAUGUACGUAUGUAUGCAUGUGUAUACCUAUGUAUGUGUGGUUGUAUGUGUAUUUUUAUAUAUGCACAUGUGUGUGUUUGUAUGUACUGAAUUGAAAAAAAAAUUUCUAAAUGCGUGUUUCUUGUUUAAUUUAAUUUUAUAUUAAAUGUAUGUAUAUGUAUGCGGCCAUUUAUUUGGUGUUACAUCGCGUUUUUGUGUUGGUUAUUGUUAUUACGGAAUCUUAGAGUGUUAAUAAAAUUAGAUAAUAAUUAUUAAUAAUAAUUAAUUGAUAUUAUUAGCAUUAAUAAUUUAAUUGUUAGUCGACAGCGAUCUUAUUGCACUGACGUCUGGUUUUUUAUUCAAUUUUUCUGUUACGAUGUCUUUGGAAUUUUUAUUAAUUUUUUUCUGUUAUGUCUUUGGACGUUGUCAACGGUGACGUCACGCAUCGGCGCACUACAGAUAACGAUAAUAAAAGAAUAAUUGUAAUAAAUUAAUUUGUUAAUUAAUUAAUGAUUAAUUACAUAAUUAAUCGAUUAGUUUUUAUUCUUUUGUAUAGUAUAAUUAGAUACUCGUAUGUUUUUACACAUUGUCGUCGAAUUUUAGUUCUCACAACAUGGCUUUUUUUAUAUCGGAAAAUCUAAUUAAACCAUAAUUAACAGGCUUCAACUAUUUCUAAUCCUAAUAGUAAUCUAAACGUACAUGUUAUAUAUAUAAAUAUAUAUAUAUAUACGGGCAAAUGAAAUAUAUAGACCUUAGUGUAAUUACGUAUAUCUUUCAGAUAUAAGUAUCCUAAGUAGAUAUAAGUUCCUAUCCUAUCUCAGGGGAACUGGGUCUCUGGACGCUAAACGAAGAUUGAUUGAUUAAUUUUUUAAUAAUUGAUAAGUAUCCUAAUUAUUAGAUGUCUGUGUGUAAGGUUGGAAUACU